CCCAAACACCCCAAACAUGACCGCAUCACCUCCCAAGGUCAACUCCGCACACCUUCACCAACCUACGAGAGGCAAUACAAUAAUGGAUCCCUCACAGUCUCUUGUCUCCAUAAAGUCUUCGGACUCGGGGCUCCACAUUCAGCUUCAUCCGCUGGUGCUUCUCACCAUAUCUGACCACAUUACCCGCCAUGCGGCACGACAACAGCAGGGUCCAAUUAUUGGGGCUCUGCUUGGCCAGCAGAACGGCCGAGAGAUAACCCUGGAGCAUGUUUUUGAAUGCCCCGUGGCUUUGGGGGAGAAUGGAGAAUUUUUACUGACCUCACCAUGGUUCGAAGAGCGACUGAAGCAGUUCAAAGACGUUCACAAAGAUCCCGCACUCGACCUUGUUGGAUGGUGGUCAACUGCACCUCCCUCCGGCCCCCAUGCCUCACACCUCCAUCUUCACAAACAAAUCCUCCAAGAUUACAACGAGUCAGCCGUCUUCCUCGCAUUUCACCCCUCACAGGUCCAAUCACGGGCACACGGCGCCAAGCUGCCAUUGACAAUCUACGAGACUGUGCUUGAAGGCGAAAAUGCAGCCGAUGCGACAAAGGACAUGCAAAUUGAUGGCGAGGAGCCAACACUCAACCUCCGCUUCCGCGAGCUACCAUAUUCCGUGGAGACAGAAGAGGCCGAAAUGAUCGGCGUUGAUACCAUCGCUCAAACUGCGGGAACUGCGUCACGAAGCGAAAUCCCAAAUCAGAGUACUAGCACGGCUGUGGGCCAGAAAUCAGCAGACAAGGAACAAAAGAGCUCACAGGCUGAGCUAACGCAAGAGGAGGAAGAGCUGGUCGCAAAUCUUAAUACCCGCCUCAACGCCGUCCGCACUCUCGAAUCCCGUAUCUCCCUCAUCAAAUCCUACGUCUCCAGCGUCUCUGCAUCAGAAUCGUCAGAAGCAACAAAAGACGUUACAAGCGGCCCCCAACUGUCGCACCCUAUUAUCCGCAACAUCAAUUCCCUUAUCUCACAUCUCUCCAUCCUCUCUCCUCACGAACAAAGCUCCUUCUCGACCGAAGUACUGUCCCAAAACAAUGAUGUUUUGCUGGUCUCCCUGCUCGGCCAGCUGGGUGAAAACGUCAAGGCUAUGCGCGAACUGGGUCGCAAGUCAGCUAUUGUGCAGUCUGCACGCCAUGCGGCAAAUCCCCGCAAGCAGCCCGGUCUCGCGGCCAGAACCUUUGAGGAUGAGCUCUUCGCCCACACGCUUCCGACUAGUGGAGAAACGGGAGGGAUGUAUUCUUGAAGCGGCAAUGGAGGUCUCAGCUGUAUUUCGUUAUGCAGGUCACGAGAUCAAUGCAUUAUGAUACGUCUCCAGAAGCCGAGGCCUAGAACUUUGACUGCUUGCUUUUUAUGGCUUUUCUUUCAGCGACACUUCUAGACGAGAUAACGAAUCUAUCAAACUUUAUCCGGAAUUAUCUGAACGAUUAAUCCGCUUUCCAGUUUCCAUCAUGCGUACUUGAGUAAUCUUCAAUGUGGAAUAGAUUCAUGAGAAACAAAAGUGUAAAUAUACAAUAAGCAUCGCUUGGAUAUGCCUCAAUAGAUGCAAAGCAUCAGAAUGAAAAAAAAGGACAUGAUAUCAGAUAUCAGAAUGGAAAGAAAAAAAAAUACAUGUCAAUGAGAAAGAAAUGGGUAUUCGCAUCCAUCAAAAGGGACUGAAGCGAAGAAGGGGAACCGCAAGAAAGAGAAGAAGAAAAACAAUCAAGGUCGGAGUGCUCGACCAGCUGCUGUUCAUGAGUACCAUUCAUUAGGGAAGAGGAGACCAGCCAUCCCGAUCAUAACACGCUGCUGCGGACGCAGAAAAAAAACGACCCAAAGACCAUACGAAACAACGUCAUAAGUGAGCUAUCAAUGUAAGAUCAUGGAUGGUGGUGGCUCUCAGGGUAGGGUGGCGGAGGGUGAUAAGGAUCGGGCAUUGGCAUUGGAAUCUGUUCUCUAAGGGGGCCAUUAGCUGGGUAAGGCUGGGACCCUUGGUUUUGAGGAUGAUGGGCGGUAUUUUGAUGCUCGAUGUCAUCGUAUGGCGAAGAGUUCUGGUGUCCAUAGAAGCGACCAGACUGCCCUUGCCCCUGAAGAUAGUCGUCACUAUCAUCUUCCCAUGGCGAAGCGUCAACAUGCGAGGUCGACGGGUUCGAUUGGGCAUGAGCAAGCAAGACCUCGCCCUCUUCGUCUCCCGCAUACCGGCCUGUCCGACCACCGGACAUGGCGGCGCCUGCACCACCAUAAGCCGUGCUAUCAUUGGUGAUUCCAGACUCGGAUGGCUCCAAGCCAAUGGUCUGGGUGUGAGGCUGGUAGCUGGAGUCCUGCAUGCGGGUCUUACGGCCGACAGCCAACCAUCGGAAACUCCGGCCAAUAGCUUUGAGGAGAUCCAGCGGGUUCAUCGCAUCGCCCAGGGCAGCGAAGCCCCAACGCCCACCUUCGUAUGAUGCUUUUCCGUUACCGUAGAAGUCGGUCACUUCAGCACCCUCGUUAUUGAGGGCGUAACGUUUCCAGGAGAAGGCCCAGAGGUGCAGAACGGAGAAAAUGAACAUUUCGAUGUUGAUCAACAGCUCCGGGAGACCGUACUUUAGGUCGGCCAUGGCCAUCUUCUUUGUCUCACCCACAGCGCCCAGAGAGACCAGGAGACUGAUAAAGGUUGAUUGCCAGAAUGAAAGGAAAAUGACCAACUUGAUAGACAGAAUCUUCAAGAAAGGUUGGUGUUCUUCGAUGUCUUUGCGGAUUUGAAUGUAGAACUGGAUCAAGCAGUACAUAGCUAUUGAGACACUAAUUGACUCAAUAAUGAUG